UCAGAUCCUGUUGGAAUUAAUUUCACACAGAAUCCCACAAUCCCACACAAUCCCACAAUGCAACCAAGAACAGGUGUGAACAGAUUUCAGGGAGUUUGUUAAAACUGGGUAAAGAAGUUCAUAUCUAAUAUGUUGUUUCUUAUUUCUUCUUCAUUUUCAGACUCAGACAGAGAUCCAGAGGAUAGUCAGGCUGAGACACCUUCUAAACCUCCAUCUACAAAAGACAGACGAAGCUCACUUCCAUCAGACAGACCUGCCUCUGCCCCUAAGCUCGGCCACCACCACAGCAUCUACACUGAUCAGCAGGAAAGUCCAGAAAUAACAACUCAAAAAAAGAAACUUCAUGCAGAACUAAAACAAGUUUUAAGUCAAAAGAGAAGUCAGCUGAAAGAAAGUCACUCAGACCCUUCAGCCAUGGAUCCUCCAGAGAACACAGAAAUAAAGACACCAGAGGAAACGCACAUAUCAGAGGUGGUGGAGGUGGUGGUAGAAACAGAAGCUGAGGUAGGAGCUAGUGGGUACAGCGUAGUGGGUGGAGGAGCAAAGGGGAUCUUCAUCAAGGACGUCCUUAAAGACUCACCUGCAGAAAAACAUCUCAGCCUGCAGAAAGGAGAUCAGCUGCUCAGUGCCAGGGUGUAUUUCGAUAAUGUGAAAUAUGAAGAUGCUCUGAAGAUUCUUCAGUGUGCAGAACCUUACAAAGUUUCGUUCUUGUUGAAGAGGACCGUUCCACAAGCUGAAGUCAGUGCUUGUCCAGGUGCACCAAAUGUUGAGCUAAGAGGACCUAAGGCUAAGAUACAGAGAAUGAGUGUGAAAAGCGUCAAACCUUUUAAAACUCAGAAGAAAAUAGGAGGACGGUUUGGACUGAAAAGACUAAAGGAGAAAAAUAAAACAACAGCUAAAGCAAAGUUAAACACUGAAGAUACACCUGGUAGAUUGGACGUCACUCCUGUUGACAUUAAAUCAAAGAAACGUGGAAAAAUCUCUGCAGAGGCAUCAGGACAACUAGAGGAGGUGAUUCCCAGUGGCGGGAGAAAAUGGAAAAUAAGAUUUCCAAGGACAAAAAUAAAGUCUUCUAAAGGAGGUGUAAAAAAUGUCAACACAGACAUUUCCACACCAGAACUAAAGAAAGACGUGUCUGGAGCAGAGAUUACAAUAAAAGAAAAAGGUCCAACAUUUCCCCAAAGCACAAAAGGUACAUUUAACUCGUUAGAUGACACAGUGAAAAUAGCAAAAUCAGAAUUAGAUGGCUCUGAUGUUAAAUUGAACUUACCAAAAUUUAAUUUGCCAAAACUAAGACUUUCCCAAAACUUAGAUGAAUCAGAUGUUAAAGCAACCACAAAAUUGGAGGGAAAAGUAAAAGUAAAGGGAGGCAUUAAAAUUGAGGGUGGGGCUAGUAAAGGUGGGACAUUAUAUAUGCCCCAGGAUGAUCUGUCCUUGUCAAACAUUAAAUUACCUGAGGGAAAAGUUAAUGUUGAAAGUCCUGAUAUCACACUUGGGAAAGUAAGCACUCCAUCCAUUGAUAUCUCAUUGCCAAAGGGAAAGGCUGAAAGUGAAAUUGGCAUCAAAGGACCUUCUGCAAAAGAAGGGAAAAUUGAUGUUUCUUUACCAACAGUAAAAUCACCUGACGUCGAAAUUACCUUAAAAGGUCCUGAGAUUAAAAGUCAUAAAAUUCACAAGCCAGAUAUUGACCUCUCACUGCCAAAAGGAAAAGUGAAGGGUGAUGUAGAUCUCGAAGGUGGAGCAAGUAAAGGAGGAAAAUUCCAUCUGCCCCAGGUUGAUUUUUCUCUACCCAAAAUAAAGAAUCCUAAUGUAGACCUAAAUAUUGAAAGCCGCAAAGGUGGACAUAUUAGUAUGCCAACUGUUGAUCUUUCUUUGCCCAAAGGUAAAGUGGAUGCAGGCGUUGAUGUCAAUGCAUCUUCUGCAAAAGGAGGGAAAUUUGAACUGCCCAAAUUCGAUAUCUCUUUACCCAAAGGUAAAGUGGAUGCAGGCGUUGAUGUCAAUGCAUCUUCUGCAAAAGGAGGGAAAUUUGAACUGCCCAAAUUCGAUAUCUCUUUGCCCAAAGGUAAAGUGGAUGCAGGCGUUGAUGUCAAUGCAUCUUCUGCAAAAGGAGGGAAAUUUGAACUGCCCAAAUUCGAUAUCUCUUUGCCCAAAGGUAAAGUGGAUGCAGGCGUUGAUGUCAAUGCAUCUUCUGCAAAAGGAGGGAAAUUUGAACUGCCCAAAUUCGAUAUCUCUUUGCCCAAAGGUAAAGUGGAUGCAGGCGUUGAUGUCAAUGCAUCUUCUGCAAAAGGAGGGAAAUUUGAACUGCCCAAGUUCGAUAUCUCUUUACCCAAAGUAAAAUCACCAGAAGUUGAAAUUUCCUUACCAGAAAUGAAAUUGCCAGAGGGUAAGAUCAAUAUUGAAGGCCCUGACAUUAAGAGUGGCAAGUUACAUAUGCCUGAUAUUGACAUCUCUUUACCAAAAGGUAAAGGGAAUGUUGAUCUUGAAGGUGAUGUUAGUAAAGGAGAAAAGUUUCAUCUACACCACUCUGAUCUGUCCCUGCCAAAAAUGAAGUUACCAGAAGGAAAAAUCAACAUUGAAGGUCCUGAUGUCAAACUCGGGAAAGUCAGCAUGCCAUCCAUUGAUAUCUCAUUGCCAAAGGGAAAGGCUGAAGGAGAAAUUGGCAUCAAAGGACCUUCUGCAAAAGGAAAAAAGAUUGAAAUGCCAAAGCUUGAUGUUUCUAUACCAACUGUAAAAUCACCUGAAGUUGAUAUCAACUUGAAAGGACCUGAGAUCAAGUCUCACAAGAUUCACAUGCCAGAUAUUGACCUCUCACUGCCAAAAGGAAAAGUGAAGGGUGAUAUAGAUCUUGAAGGUGGAGCAGGUAAAGGAGGAAAAUUCCAUCUGCCCCAGGUUGAUCUUUCUCUACCCAAAAUGAAAACACCUAAUGUAGACCUUAAUAUUGAGGGCCCAAAAGGUGGACAUAUUAGUAUGCCAACUGUUGACCUUUCUUUGCCCAAAGUGGAUGCAAGCGUUGAUGUCAAUGCACCUUCUGCAAAAGGGGGGAAAUUUGAACUGCCCAAAUUUGAUAUCUCUUUACCGAAAGUAAAAUCACCAGAAGUUGAUAUUUCCUUACCAGAAAUGAAAUUGCCAGAGGGUAAGAUCAAUAUUGAAGGCCCUGACAUUAAGAGUGGCAAGUUACAAAUGCCUGAUAUUGACAUCUCUUUACCAAAAGGAAAAGGGAAUGUUGAUCUUCAAGGUGAUGUUAGUAAAGCAGGAAAGUUUCAUCUACCCAAGGUUGAUCUUUCUCUACCCAAAAUGAAGACUCCUAAUGUAGACCUAAAUAUUCAGGGCCCCAAAGGUGGACAUAUUAGUAUGCCAACUGUUGACCUUUCUUUGCCCAAAGGCAAAGUGGAUGUAGGCAUUGAUGUCAAUGCACCUUCUGCAAAAGGAGGAAAGAUCGAUAUGCCAAAGGUUGAUGUUUCUUUACCAACCGUAAAAACACCUGAAAUUGAUAUCAACCUAAAAGGACCUGAGAUCAAGUCUCACAAGAUUCACAUGCCAAAUAUUGACCUCUCACUGCCAAAAGGAAAAGUGAAGGGUGAUAUAGAUCUUGAAGGUGGAGCAAGUAAAGGAGGAAAAUUCCAUCUGCCCCAGGUAGAUUUUUCUCUACCCAAAAUGAAAACACCUAAUGUUGACCUAAAUAUUGAGGGCUCCAAAAGUGGACAUAUUAGUAUGCCAACUGUUGACGUUUCUUUGCCCAAAGGCAAAAUGGAUGCAGGCAUUGAUGUCAAUGCACCUUCUGUAAAAGGGGGGAAAUUUGAACUGCCCAAAUUCGAUAUAUCUUUACCCAAAGUAAAGUCACCAGAAGUUUAUAUUUCCUUACCAGAAAAAAAACUGCCAGAAGGUAAGAUCAAUAUUGAAGGCCCUGACAUUAAGAGUGGCAAGUUACAUAUGCCUGAUAUUGACAUCUCUUUACCAAAAGGAAAAGUGAAGGGUGAUCUUGAAGGUGAUGUUAGUAAAGGGGGAAAGUUUCAUCUACCCAAGGUUGAUCUGUCCCUGCCAAAAGUGAAGUUACCAGAGGGAAAGAUUGAAGGUCCUGAUGUUAAACUCGGGAAAGUCAGCAUGCCAUCCAUUGAUAUCUCAUUGCCAAAAGGAAAGGCUGAAGGAGAAAUUGGCAUCAAAGGACCUUCUGCAAAAGGAGGAAAGUUUGAAAUGCCAAAGGUUGAUGUGUCUUUACCAACUGUGAAAUCACCUGAAGUUGAUAUCAACUUGAAAGGACCUGGAAUCAAGUCUCACAAGAUUCACAUGCCAGAUAUUGACCUCUCACUGCCAAAAGGAAAAGUGAAGGGUGAUAUCGAUCUUGAAGGUGGAGCAGGUAAAGGAGGAAAAUUCCAUCUACCCCAGAUAGAUUUUUCUCUACCCAAAAUGAAAACACCUAAUGUAGACUUUAAUAUUGAGGGCCCCAAAGGUGGACAUAUUAGUAUGCCAACUGUUGACUUUUCUUUGCCCAAAGUGGAUGCAAGCAUUGAUGUCAAUGCACCUUCUGCAAAAGGGGGGGAAUUUGAACUGCCCAAAUUUGAUAUUUCUUUACCCAAAGUAAAGUCACCAGAAGUUGAUAUUUCCUUACCAGAAAUGAAAUUGCCAGAGGGUAAGAUCAAUAUUGAAGGCCCUGACAUUAAGAGUGGCAAGUUACAAAUGCCUGAUAUUGACAUCUCUUUACCAAAAGGAAAAGGGAAUGUUGAUCUUCAAGGUGAUGUUAGUAAAGCAGGAAAGUUUCAUCUACCCAAGGUUGAUCUUUCUCUACCCAAAAUGAAGACUCCUAAUGUAGACCUAAAUAUUCAGGGCCCCAAAGGUGGACAUAUUAGUAUGCCAACUGUUGACCUUUCUUUGCCCAAAGGCAAAGUGGAUGUAGGCAUUGAUGUCAAUGCACCUUCUGCAAAAGGAGGAAAGAUUGAAAUGCCAAAGCUUGAUAUUUCUAUACCAACUGUAAAAUCACCUGAAGUUGAUAUCAACCUGAAAGGACCAGAGAUCAAGUCUCACAAGUUUCACAUGCCAGAUAUUGACCUCUCACUGCCAAAAGGAAAAGUGAAGGGUGAUAUAGAUCUCGAAGGUGGAGCAAGCAAAGGAGGAAAAUUCCAUCUGCCCCAGGUUGAUUUUUCUCUACCCAAAAUGAAGACUCCUAAUGUAGACCUAAAUAUUGAGAGCCCCAAAGGUGGACAUAUUAGUAUGCCAACUGUUGACCUUUCUUUGCCCAAAGGCAAAGUGGAUGCAAGCAUUGAUGUCAAUGCAUCUUCUGCAAAAGGGGGGAAAUUUGAACUGCCCAAAUUCGAUAUCUCUUUACCCAAAGUAAAAUCACCAGAAGUUGAUAUUUCCUUACCAGAAAUGAAAUUGCCAGAGGGUAAGAUCAAUAUUGAAGGCCCUGACAUUAAGAGUGGCAAGUUACAUAUGCCUGUUAUCGACAUAACUUUACCAAAAGGAAAAGGGAAUGUUGAUCUUGAAGAUGAUGUUAGUAAAGGAGGAAAGUUUCAUCUACCCAAGGUUGAUCUGUCCCUGCCAAGAAUGAAGUUACCAGAGGGAAAGAUUGAAGGUCCUGAUGUCAAACUCGGGAAAGUCAGCAUGCCAUCCAUUGAUAUCUCAUUGCCAAAGGGAAAGGCUGAAGGAGAAAUUGGCAUCAAAGGACCUUCUGCAAAAGGAGGAAAGUUUGAAAUGCCAAAGGUUGAUGUUUCUAUACCAACUGUAAAAUCACCUGAAGUUGAUAUCAACCUAAAAGGACCAGAGAUCAAGUCUCACAAGUUUCACAUGCCAGAUAUUGACCUCUCACUGCCAAAAGGAAAAGUGAAGGGUGAUAUAGAUCUCGAAGGUGGAGCAAGCAAAGGAGGAAAAUUCCAUCUGCCCCAGGUUGAUUUUUCUCUACCCAAAAUGAAGACUCCUAAUGUAGACCUAAAUAUUGAGAGCCCCAAAGGUGGACAUAUUAGUAUGCCAACUGUUGACCUUUCUUUGCCCAAAGGCAAAGUGGAUGCAAGCAUUGAUGUCAAUGCAUCUUCUGCAAAAGGGGGGAAAUUUGAACUGCCCAAAUUCGAUAUCUCUUUACCCAAAGUAAAAUCACCAGAAGUUGAUAUUUCCUUACCAGAAAUGAAAUUGCCAGAGGGUAAGAUCAAUAUUGAAGGCCCUGACAUUAAGAGUGGCAAGUUACAUAUGCCUGUUAUCGACAUAACUUUACCAAAAGGAAAAGGGAAUGUUGAUCUUGAAGAUGAUGUUAGUAAAGGAGGAAAGUUUCAUCUACCCAAGGUUGAUCUGUCCCUGCCAAGAAUGAAGUUACCAGAGGGAAAGAUUGAAGGUCCUGAUGUCAAACUCGGGAAAGUCAGCAUGCCAUCCAUUGAUAUCUCAUUGCCAAAGGGAAAGGCUGAAGGAGAAAUUGGCAUCAAAGGACCUUCUGCAAAAGGAGGAAAGUUUGAAAUGCCAAAGGUUGAUGUUUCUAUACCAACUGUAAAAUCACCUGAAGUUGAUAUCAACCUAAAAGGACCAGAGAUCAAGUCUCACAAGUUUCACAUGCCAGAUAUUGACCUCUCACUGCCAAAAGGAAAAGUGAAGGGUGAUAUAGAUCUCGAAGGUGGAGCAAGCAAAGGAGGAAAAUUCCAUCUGCCACAGGUUGAUUUUUCUCUACCCAAAAUGAAGACUCCUAAUGUAGACCUAAAUAUUGAGAGCCCCAAAGGUGGACAUAUUGGUAUGCCAACUGUUGACCUUUCUUUGCCCAAAGGCAAAGUGGAUGCAAGCAUUGAUGUCAAUGCACCUUCUGCAAAAGGGGGGAAAUUUGAACUGCCCAAAUUCGAUAUCUCUUUACCCAAAGUAAAAUCACCAGAAGUUGAUAUUUCCUUACCAGAAAUGAAAUUGCCAGAGGGUAAGAUCAAUAUUGAAGGCCCUGAGAUUAAGAGUGGCAAGUUGCAUAUGCCUGAUAUUGACAUCUCUUUACCAAAAGGUAAAGGGAAUGUUCAUCUUGAAGGUGAUGUUAGUAAAGGGGGAAAGUUUCAUCUACCCCACAUUGAUCUGUCCCUGCCAAAAAUGACGUUACCAGAGGGAAAGAUUGAAGGUCCUGAUGUCAAACUCGGGAAAGUCAGCAUGCCAUCCAUUGAUAUCUCAUUGCCAAAGGGAAAGGCUGAAGGAGAAAUUGGCAUCAAAGGACCUUCUGCAAAAGGAGGAAAGUUUGAAAUGCCAAAGGUUGAUGUUUCUAUACCAAGUGUGAAAUCAGCUGAAGUUGAUAUCAACCUGAAAGGACCAGAGAUCAAGUCUCACAAGUUUCACAUGCCAGAUAUUGACCUCUCACUGCCCAAAGGAAAAGUGAAGGGUGAUAUAGAUCUCGAGGGUGGAGCAAGCAAAGGAGGAAAAUUCCAUCUGCCCCAGGUUGAUUUUUCUCUACCCAAAAUGAAGACUCCUAAUGUAGACCUAAAUAUUGAGAGCCCCAAAGGUGGACAUAUUAGUAUGCCAACUGUUGACCUUUCUUUGCCCAAAGGCAAAGUGGAUGCAAGCAUUGAUGUCAAUGCACCUUCUGCAAAAGGGGGGAAAUUUGAACUGCCCAAAUUUGAUAUUUCUUUACCCAAAGUAAAGUCACCAGAAGUUGAUAUUUCCUCACCAGAAAUUAAAUUGCCAGAGGGUAAGAUCAAUAUUGAAGGCCCUGACAUUAAGAGUGGCAAGUUACAAAUGCCUGAUAUUGACAUGUCUUUACCAAAAGGAACAGGGAAUGUUGAUCUUCAAGGUGAUGUUAGUAAAGCAGGAAAGUUUCAUCUACCCAAGGUUGAUCUGUCCCUGCCAAAAAUGAAGUUACCAGAGGGAAAGAUUGAAGGUCCUGAUGUCAAACUCGGGAAAGUCAGCAUGCCAUCCAUUGAUAUCUCAUUGCCAAAGGGAAAGGCUGAAGGAGAAAUUGGCAUCAAAGGACCUUCUGCAAAAGGAGGAAAGUUUGAAAUGCCAAAGGUUGAUGUUUCUAUACCAAGUGUGAAAUCACCUGAAGUUGAUAUCAACCUGAAAGGACCUGAGAUCAAGUCUCACAAAUUUCACAUGCCAGAUAUUGACCUCUCACUGCCAAAAGGAAAAGUGAAGGGUGAUGUAGAUCUUGAAGGUGGUGCAAGCAAAGGAGGAAAAUUUCAUCUGCCCCAGGUUGAUUUUUCUCUACCCAAAAUGAAAACACCUAAUGUUGACCUAAAUAUUGAGGGCCCCAAAAGUGGACAUAUUAGUAUGCCAACUGUUGACCUUUCUUUGCCCAAAGUGGAUGCAAGCAUUGAUGUCAAUGCACCUUCUGUAAAAGGGGGGAAAUUUGAACUGCCCAAAUUUGAUAUUUCUUUACCCAAAGUAAAGUCACCAGAAGUUGAUAUUUCCUCACCAGAAAUGAAAUUGCCAGAGGGUAAGAUCAAUAUUGAAGGCCCUGACAUUAAGAGUGGCAGGUUAGAUAUGCCUGAUUUUGACAUCUCUUUACCAAAAGGAAAAGUGAAGGGUGAUCUUGAAGGUGAUAUUAGUAAAGGAGGAAAGUUUCAUCUACCCAAGGUUGAUUUUUCUCUACCCAAAAUGAAGACUCCUAAUGUAGACCUAAAUAUUGAGGGCCCCAAAGGAGGACAUAUUAGUAUGCCAACUGUUGACCUUUCUUUGCCCAAAGGCAAAGUGGAUGCAGGCAUUGAUGUCAAUGCACCUUCUGCAAAAGGGGGGAAAUUUGAACUGCCCAAAUUUGAUAUUUCUUUACCCAAAGUAAAGUCACCAGAAGUUGAUAUUUCCUUACCAGAAAUAAAACUGCCAGAAGGUAAGAUCAAUAUUGAAGGCCCUGACAUUAAGAGUGGCAAGUUACAUAUGCCUGAUAUUGACAUCUCUUUACCAAAAGGAAAAGGGAAUGUUGAUCUUGAAGGUGUUAGUAAAGGAGGAAAGUUUCAUCUACCCAAGGUUGAUCUGUCCCUGCCAAAAAUAAAGUUACCAGAGAGAAAGAUCAAUGUUGGAGGUCCUGAUGUCAAAUUUGGGAAAGGAAAAAGAGAAAAAACUUUUGAUUCCAGUGUUAGUGGACGUACAAGUGGAAAUAUAAAGAUUCCAACUAUGAAGCUGCCCUCUGUUGAUUUAUCAGCACCUAAGGUGGACCUAGAUUUUGGUCUACCAAAAGAAAAAGGUAAAGAUCAAGAGGAGAUUAAGCUUCUUAAAAUGGAAGGCAGCAGACCAUCAUCUGGAGUAAGUUUUGAAAUACCUGAUGUGACACUAAAAUUGCCCAAAAUCUCACCUCCAAAAUUUGGAGGAAAAGUAAAACAUGAAGACAAACUCAUAGAAGGCCCUAGUAUUUCUGCUAAUUUGGAUUUAGAAAAAAAAGAAAUAGAUGAUAAUAGAAAAAUUAAAAGUAAUGUUAAGAAACCAAAAAUGAAAACGCUAACUCCAGUAGUACUCCCUGGUGGCCUGGAUGCUUCACUUGAUGUAGAAGCAGAGGAUGUGGGCCAUUGUAAAGCUUCUAGUUUGGACACAAAAGCCAGAGUGAAAAUGCCAUCAGUUGAGAUAUCUUUACCAGUAGCAAAAAUACCAGAAAGAGAGGCAUUGUUGCCUAAAACUGAGAUUGAUGUUUUUGACAAGGACAUCAAGAGUUAUGAGGGUAGUUUAAAAAUUCCAAAGAUGCCAACUAUUGACAUAGAAUUACCAAAAGUUGAUCUGAAUGUUGUCUUUCCAAAGGUAAAACAUGAUUUGACCACUGACUCCACAAUUACAAGCAAAGGCCAAGGAACAAAUGCACAUACAGAAUGUAGUACUGCAGUUAUUGGUUCAAAAAAUGGAUUUUCAGGUCCUAAUAUUGAAAUGAAAGCACCAAAGAUACCAGAGUUAGACUUUGAUAUUGGUGUUGCCCAAGAUGACACUGACAAGAAUAAAGACAACACAAAAACAAGUGCCAAAAUGAGAAUACCAAAGUUUGGGGUCCCUCUACCUGCUCCUGAUUCACAAUUACCUGAACUCACCAGUAAACAUGAAAGCUCGCCUAUGCCAAGGGUAAAGAAAGCAGUGUUUGUUUUGGUUAGCUCCCAAACUGAAAGCUGUGCAAUUGUAAGUAGUGAAGCAAAUAAAGAGCCAAUCAAGAACAGUUCUGGAACGUUAGAUUUAAAAGAUAAAAGAACAGAUUCAGAUGGCAAAGAUGCAGAAAUAAACAAAUUUGUGUUGCCCAAAGUUGACAUUUCUUUACCACAGUCAAAAAAUGUCAGAGAAAAAGGAGACCUGGAAAUGAACGUUAAAAUUGGGAAGGAGAGCUCAAACGAAAGCAUAGAAAACAAAGGGGGAAAACCUAAAUCUGGAAAAAUAUCCUUCCCUGGUUUAAAGAAGAAAGCAGUACAGGGCAAUGAAGGUGAGAGCAGUUGUGUGGUGUCGUCAAGAGCCAGGACAGAAAUGUUAGCAGAACGUCAGUCAUCUGAGUCUCCAGAUCCAAUACCACAUGGGCAUACCAUUAGUCAGGAUGUGGAAAAAAAAGGGGCAACAUCUAGAUUUAGAGUUCCCAAAAUCACUCUUAGCCCCCAUUCUACCGGUAACCUUCAAAUUACACCAGAGGGAUCUCCAAGGGGCAGCAAGUUGUCUCUGCAGUACUCAAGUGAAGAUAUUUCAGAAGGUAUCUACAGAAGAUUGCCACAAGCUGAAUUCUCAACUCAGGAGGGUUUUUCCCAGCAAGUAGUUAAGACUACAGAAGAGGGGACAGUCACAAAAAUAACAAAGACAACAAAAUAUACGUGUGAAUCAAAAAGCAGCAGCUCGACAACAACCUGGAGUCAGUAAAUUAUACAAGUAUUGUGUAUAAGUAGCUCUGUUCUUGUUGUUGCUAUUUUUGUGUUUAGAUGAAAUUAAUGUUUAGAUUAAUACAUUCAGUAUUUAUUGUAAAAUAUGUUUAUUUUCAUAUAUUAGCAACUAAUAAUACUUUAAAAAUAAAGAUAAUAACUGUUUAUCAUACCUCUCAGUGUGCGAUUGAA